GACUGGAAGAGUGUUCUCUCUGAGCCAGCGUGAGCCAGCCUGCACGCUGAGUGGAGCUGAGGCCAGUAGGGUGGGGACAGUGGCAGGGAGCGGUGCAUGGCAGUGGGGGGGCCGGGUGCCAUCCGUCACCCAGCACCGGGAGGGGCGCUGGGGUUGGGGCUGGGUGUGGGGCGGCCCUGGGGGGGCGAGGGGCCAGAGGUCAGGGAAGCUGAGGCCCUGGUUGACAGGCGGGGCCAGCGUGGAGCGGGGGUGUCGGCCGGGGUCUAGCGACGGUGGAGGAGGGGGCAUGCGGUGCUCACUGAGGGUGUGGGUGCUGCUGGGCUCCCUGGGCCUGGUCUUUCUCACCUCCCUCUUCUUCUCCAUCUCCCUGAGGGGGGGCGUCGGCCUGCCCUACCUAGACCCACCCGGAUGGGAGGAGUCUCGCCGAGUUAAACUAGUGCCCAACUACGCUGGUGCCCACCAGCUAAGCCCUCUAGAGGGCACCCAGCAGGAGAAGACAUGUGCCUGCCCCCGCUGUGUGGGAGACCCCGGGGUGUCGGACUGGUUUGAUGAGAACUACGACCCGGACAUUUCCCCCGUGUGGACACGGGACAACAUCCAGCUACCUUCAGAUGUCUACUAUUGGUGGGUGAUGCUGCAGCCUCAGUUCAAGCCCCACACUAUCCAGCAGGUGCUGCUGCGGCUGUUCCAGGUGAUCCCAGGCCGCUCCCCCUACGGCUCUUGGGACCCCGCCCGCUGCCUGCGCUGUGCAGUGGUGGGGAACUCAGGCAACAUGCGUGGGGCUGGGUAUGGGCCCACCAUAGACGGCCACAACUACAUCAUGAGGAUCAACCUGGCUCCCACGGUGGGCUAUGAGGAGGAUGCAGGCAGCCAUACCACUCACCACUUCAUGUACCCAGAGAGUGCCAAGAACCUGGCAGCCAAUGUCAGCUUCGUCCUGGUGCCCUUCAAGACCCUGGACCUGCUGUGGAUCACCAGCGCACUCUCCACUGGACAGAUCCGCUUUACCUACGCCCCUGUGAAGCAGUUUCUACGGGUGGACAAAGACAAGGUUCAGAUUUUUAACCCAGCCUUCUUCAAGUACAUCCAUGACCGCUGGACCAGGCACCACGGACGCUACCCCUCCACAGGCAUGCUGGUUCUGUUCUUCGCUCUGCACGUGUGUGACGAAGUGAAUGUUUUUGGCUUUGGCGCUGACAGUCGAGGCAACUGGCACCACUAUUGGGAGCAGAACCGCUACUCUGGAGAGUUCCGGAAAACAGGGGUACAUGACGCAGACUACGAGGCCCAGAUCAUUGACUCCCUGGCGAAGGCUGGAAAGAUCACAGUUUUCCCAGGAAAGUGAGGGCUGGAGGUGUGGUGGGCUGGCUUACAGGAACACUAGAGUAACCAUCACCACCAUCUUUAUGUGCUUAGUUAUCUGUUUCUUUGUGAUUGGCAUAGAGAGGGUUCCAUAACACUAGAUCAUACGUUGCCUAAUGACCCUGUUCCCAUUGUGCAGGAGGGUAAGAUGCUGAUGGUUGUGAGUGGAACUACAUGUGACUACACACUCUGCCCCCAACAGGCCUACCUCCAUAGCCCUCAGCCCUGAGGAGAAAUGAACGGUCAGAACUAUAGGAAUAAUGUAGUGGGGGCGGAGAAGUCUGGUCUAGCCACUGUAUGGACCUGUGAACCAGUCCCAUCCACAAUCCCAACUCCUGCUCAUCCGCAGGGGGUUGAGUCAUCACACGCCUUAGGGGUCUCACACCCAGAGACUCAGCCCCCCUCCCACUCUGUAGCCACCACUCUAAAUGUCAUGGCAACAAGUGACAGACACUGAUCUACCCCUGCCGUGUUCACACCCACCUGUAUAGCUGCUGUUAAAGCCCCCUUGCCCCUCGGAGCUGGGAGUACUAGGUAGUUGAAGUUUCCGUGGUUGGAAGUCCAGAGGCUUACUGUUGUAAUUAUAUUACUAUCAUGUUGAAGGUAUGUACGGCCCACAGGGAUUUGACCACAUAUACAGUAUUAACCGUUUGAUUUGUUUUAACCAUUUUAAGUGACUAAUCAUCCUGCUAAUUAGGUGGAUUGGGGAGAGGCUUACACAUGGUCAACAACAACACAAGCAGACAUAUCGCGCGCGAUAAGACUAACACUACUCACUCAUUAACAUACACACACACUCUUCCACACAUACACCGUUCACACAAUGCUCUUGGUCAUUUAGAGCUAAUACCACUAGUAUAGGACUGAG